GACGCGGCGCACGCGACGGCCGGGCAGCGGCAGCGGCGGUGGCAAGAAGAAGAAGAACAAGAACAAGCGGCGCAAGAACAGGCCCGGCAGCGCCAGCGCCAGCGGCGCCAACGGCACGGCGCUCGCAGAGAGCAAGGUGGGCGAGCAGGCCGACGACGGCGCCCUCGCCAACGGCACGCGCCCCGCCCACGCCAAGGACCGCCCGCUCACCACGCGCAUCUACAACUACCUCGCGCGGGAGGUGAUGCCGUCGUUCGGCGUGGGGCUGCUGGGCCUGGCCAUCACCGCGGGGCUGGCCGGCCUCAUCAUGUACCCGUUCGGCGGUGGCGCCGCCAAGCGGACCUACGAGGUGGACGCGCCCGCGCUGCCCUCGCACGGCAACUUCUACUACUACGGCGGCGACUACGACCAGGGCGACGACCACGGGCAGGCGGAGGAGUCAGUCAUUCGCAAGGUGUUCGAGGGCAUGCAGGGCGCGGAGGGCGAGCAGGCCGAGGAGCAGCGCUACGCGGGCGACGGCGGCGACGCGGCGGUGGCCGGCGGCACCGUCACCACCUACGCGGG